AUGGCAGGCACAGAUAAAAAAAAACUGUUGAUAAUUGGAAAAUCUGCAAAGCCAAGAUGUUUUAAAAAUAUAAAAAUAACAAACUUACCUGUUUCUUAUUUAUCGAAUAAAAAUGCAUGGAUGACAGCAGAAAUAUUUACAUCGUGGUUGAAAGACUGGGACAAAGAGCUUGGAAAACAAUCAAGGACAAUUUUAUUAAUUGUUGAUAAUGCUGGACCACAUCCAAAAUUGAUAGAUUUAAAAAAUAUCACACUUGAGUUCUUGCCUCCAAAUACUACUUCUCUCGUUCAACCACUCGAUAUGGGGAUCAUUAAGAAUUUAAAAACUCAUUACCGUGGACUAUUGGUAACAUACAUUUUAAAGGCUAUUGAAGAUAAUUCACAUUGUUUUGCACAUUGCGGUUUCAGACCACUGAUUGAUCUACCUAUUCCUCCUAUUGUUUCUAUUGAAAAUGACGUAGCGCAAUGCGUAGAAAAUGGGGAGCUAUUUAUAAAAAUUGAUGAUGGUGUGCAGUGCUUCAAUGAAAAUGAAAAUUACGAUAACAUUCUCGAUGAAAUUGCUGAAAGAAGUCUGCAAAAUGAAGAAAGCGAUGACGAUGACUAUGAGGUUCAGCCCUUCAAAAUUACAACAAGAGAAGCAGAAAAAACAAUGGACGAUUUUCUGCAGCCUAACAAAAUAUAA